AGGCAGCGGGGAGCGGAGCGGGGCCGCCGGCGCCUCGCCAGGGCCGCAGCGGCAGCAGUUGGGCCCCCCGCCCCGGCCGGCGGCCCGAGGAGCGCAGGAAGGGGGCCGGGGGGUCCCGCGCCCGGCCGGCCGCAGCCAUGAAUUCCAACGUGGAGAACUUGCCCCCCCACAUUCUCCGCCUGGUGUACAAGGAGGUGACAACACUGACUGCCGACCCCCCCGAUGGCAUCAAGGUCUUCCCCAACGAGGAGGACCUCACCGACCUGCAGGUCACCAUCGAGGGCCCUGAGGGGACCCCCUACGCCGGAGGCCUGUUCCGCAUGAAACUCCUGCUGGGGAAGGAUUUCCCUGCCUCCCCACCCAAGGGCUACUUCCUGACCAAGAUCUUCCACCCCAACGUGGGCGCCAAUGGCGAGAUCUGCGUCAAUGUGCUCAAGAGGGACUGGACGGCAGAACUGGGCAUCCGGCACGUGCUGCUGACCAUCAAGUGCCUGCUGAUCCACCCCAACCCCGAGUCUGCGCUCAACGAGGAGGCGGGCCGCCUGCUGCUGGAGAACUACGAGGAGUACGCGGCGCGCGCCCGCCUGCUCACCGAGAUCCACGGCGGCGGCGCGGCCAGUGGCACCAGGCCCGAGGCAGCCGCGGCCUCCUCCACCGACGCCCUGGCCCCCGGGGGCCCAGGAGGGGCCGAGGGGCCCAUGGCCAAGAAGCACGCGGGCGAGCGCGAGAAGAAGCUGGCAGCCAAGAAGAAGACGGACAAGAAGCGGGCCCUGCGGCGGCUGUAGCGGGCCUCCUCUCCUCCCGGCCCCGCUGUCCCUCCAACUGUGUCUCUAAGUUAUUUAAAUUAUGGCUUGGGUGGGGGAGGGCAUGGGGGUUCUGGGACCUGGAUUUGUUUUUCUAAAUAAAGCUGGAAAAGUGGCUGCUCUGCC